AUGAUGAGCCUCCUCCCCCGCCCUCGUCGGGACCAUCCCCCACCGACCAUCAGAAAGAUUCCGAAUACGUCCCCCCGUCCUACUCCAAGAUUGAAGAAGGUUCAGGCUGGAAGUACAGGUUUUCUCGAUGUGAAGCAACAACCCGUACGUGCGCGCAUGUGUGGUUUUGGCGAUAAGGACCGUCGCCCAAUCACGCCGCCGCCAUGUGUUCGUCUUGUCAUAAUCAAUACCGAGACGGGUAAAGAGGUUGAUUACAAUACCCUAGACCACGCCAUGUUUGUGUUGUCGGUCGAUCUGUGGAAUCAUGAUGGUACCAAAGAAGUCAAUCUGGUGCGGUCCUCAACCGGGACUGGUGCUAUGGCAUCCUCAAGUACCUACACUUAUUCAUCCUUAGAACCAGGAACCCCUUCGUACCAGCAACAAUCUCUGCCCCCGAGUCGCGAGUCUGGAUAUGGCCAAUCGCAAGGGAUGAACUAUGGGCAGGACUAUCCCCCGCCGGUGCAGCAGAGCUAUGGUCAAGCACCGUCGUACCCGCCGAGCAGUUCCUACGGUCCGCCCCAACAAUAUUACCCGCGACAUAGCGGUUACAAUGCCGAACCUUCGGCUCCUCCGCCAGGUGCCCCUUUCCGUAAUGGAUAUGGACAGGAUCAAAAUGCGCUUACUCGGAUGGCAGUAGUGGGAGGUCAACCCCAAGGGAUGUUUACGAGAAACUUGAUUGGCAGUUUGGCCGCAAGCGCAUUCCGUCUCGAGGAUACUGAAGGACAAUCAGGUAUCUGGUUUGUCCUCCAAGACCUCAGCGUCCGUACAGAAGGGACCUUUCGAUUGAGGUUCUCCUUCGUCAACGUUGGACGCCCCGGAGGGCAGGGGACCAACGUAAACCAAGGCCGAGCGCCAAUCCUGUCGUCGUGCUACAGCGAGAGUUUCCACGUGUACUCGGCCAAGAAGUUCCCCGGCGUGUGCGAGAGUACACCAUUGAGCAAGAAAUUUGCAAACCAAGGCAUCAAGAUCCCGAUCCGUAAGGACGCCAACAUCAAGGGCGAAGGUGAUGAAGAGAUGUACGAUCAGAACUGA